UAUAUUGGUGAAGCAUUGGAGGAUUUCCACACCAUUUAAUGGAGGGCAAAUUGUUGGAGGCCGCUCGCUCAGGAAAUGUAGAAGCCCUUUAUGAUGCAGUUGGCGAAGAUGAUUCAAUCCUUCAGAAACUGCACUCAUGCGGGUGCGUUGAGACUCCUUUGCACCGGGCUUCCAUGUUUGGGCAGGCGGAGUUUGUGCGAGAAUAUAUAAGGCUGAGCUUAAUUUCUGCCCACCAACUCUCUCAACUCAAUCGAGACGGUUACAGCCCGCUGCACUUGGCUUCGGCCAAUGCCCACUUGGAGAUCGUCCAAUUUAUGCUUGAGUUUGUGAAGCAGAAUUUUGCUGUUGUGGAGGUGUGCAUGAAGAAAGAUAGGGACGGCAGAACUGCACUUCAUUCUGCCAUGGUCAGUGGUAAAAUUGAAGUCAUUGACCUGCUGUUUGUCAAUUAUCCAGACGCUGCAAAUGAGGUGACUUUUCAUCAAGAGACUGUUCUACAUCUUGCGGUGAAACACCACCAGCAUGAGGCACUCAAAUUCUUGAUUGAUCAGAAACUUGGAUCGUCGGUUGAAGGUUUGCUGAAUGUAGGUGAUCGGGAAGGCAACACAAUUCUACAUCUUGCAACAGCCAACAGACAAUUUCAGACAGUAGAAUACUUAGUGAAGCUACAGAAUUUGAAUGUGAACGCAGAGAAUUCAAAUGGCCUCAGGCCAUUGGACAUGUUGUUCGUGGAUACAUUUAACUCAUAUGAUGCAUAUAUAAAAGAGACAAUUACACAUGUAGGGGGUUCGCGAUCCCAAGUGAUACCAACAGACGUCCAGACCGGACUCCAACAAAUGGCACCAACAAACGUCCAGACCGGGCUCCAACACUCCCCUGCGGAUACUUCAUCAAGCUUAAGUAGCCAAGAGGAAGACGAUCAAAAUACAAAACAAAAAUGGUUCACAGAAUUGAGAAGUGGCAUUAUAGUAAUGGCAUCAGUAUUUGCUACUAUAACGUUUCAGGUUGCGCUAACUCCUCCUGGAGGGAUGUGGCAAGAUUGGGGUUCAAAUGAAGCCACAUCCAACACUACUUCUUCAGCCGACUCCACACAUAAGCCCGGAGAAACAAUUCUUUAUGAUUUGGAUCGUAAGAAAUUCCGCGGGCUCAUGUGGUUAAAUACACAGUCAUUCUUCUCUUCUAUUGCUACCAUCUUAAUGGUAUUGCAAGCUUUCAAGGUUGACUCAUUUGCAUGGACAUUGGGGCUAAAUUGUGCAUACAUCACUGUGUUUUUUGUAGUAGUAGAGUAUCUUUCAAUUGUUGCACUUGUCACAUCGAAGAAUGUGUUCAACAGUCCAGGGAUUUUGAUGUCUCUGAUUUUCUGGAUGAUGAUCUUGAGCGCUGCCCUCCUUAGCUUCUUUUUAAGAGCCCUUAAACUAAUUAAGUGAAAGUAUCCUCAAAUUUCUCGACAUGAGUUGUCUCAUCACUGUAAUGAUAUAUGUAUUCUGAUUUUUAUUAAU